GUCAUAAUGCUGCGUCGCGCUCCUACAUCUGUUGUGAUUCGGCUGAAGAAAGAUGGCGUUUAUUAAAGAUGAGAAUGAAGACGUGAAGAUUGAAGAAACGUUCAGAGUGAAACUUGAAGAAACUGAGGAACACACAGCCACUCAAAGAGGAUAGUGAAGUACUGAAUGAAAUAGAGGAGAGAGAUCAGUAUGAGAGAAAUCAUGAUUCGACAACUGGAGAAAAACGGUUUAGUUCUUCACAGACUGAGAAAUAUUCCUCACAAAAAAAAGCCCAACAAACAGAAACUAAAAGUUAUUUCAUCUGCCCUCAUUGUGGAAAGAGUUUCACUAAAAAGGGAACCCUUAAAGCCCACAUGAACAUUCACACUGGAGAGAAGGCUUUCACCUGCCAACACUGUGGGAAGAGUUUCACUACGAAAGGAAUCCUUAAAGGCCACAUGAUGGUUCACAGCAAAGAGAAGCCGUUCACCUGCCCUCAGUGUGGAAACAGUUUCACUCAAAAAGGAAGCUUUAACAGGCACAUGAGAAUUCACACUGGAGAGAAGCCUUACAUCUGCAAACUGUGUGAAAAGAGUUUCACAACAGAACUAAACCUGAGGUAUCACGUGAACAGUCACACUGGAGAGAAGCCGUUCACAUGUGAUCAGUGUGGAAAGAGUUUCAGACACAAAGUAACCCUUAAAAAGCACCUGAGGACUCAUUCAAGAGAAGACCGUUGUAUAUGUCAUCAGUGUGGAAUGAGUUUCACAGAUAUAAAUCAUCUUACGGCGCACAUAAUAACUCACACCGGAGAGAAGCCUUUCAUGUGCUAUCACUGUGGAAAGACUUGCUCAAACAAAACAAACCUUGAGGUUCAUAUAAGAGUUCACACUGGAGAGAAGCCUUUCACCUGCCCUCAGUGUGGAAAGAGUUUCAGAUACAAAGGAAACCUUCAGACGCAUAUAAGAGUUCACACUGGAGAGAAGCCUUACACAUGUCUUGAGUGUGAAAUGUGUUUCACGUAUAAAAGGGACCUGAAGCGUCAUUUGGAAACUCAUUCUGGAAUUGAGUGUUCCUCAAUCUGGCAAGAAGUUUAGAAAAAGAAGCAAAGUCAUUUAUUUGUGUAUUCACUCUGGAAGUAGGAAAUUAAACUCCACCAUUGAAGAAAAAUGUCCAGCUUUCCGUGUUUUCACUGUUAUACUGUAGGGGGUGCAAUGACAUCUUCUGAACAAGUAUUGAAUCUCUGGAUCAAGACGCAUGAUAUUACUUGUUUCUGCUGCCUCUUCACGAAUGUAAGCAUGUGCUUUUGUAAAAUAACACAAUCAACAGCAUAUAAAUCAAAACUGCCUAAUGUUACAGAAUGAAAUGUCGACCAGGACGAGCUAUAGAACUGUGAAACUUUGUCGUGGUGAUGGACUCGAUCUACUCCUUUUGUUUUGGUCAUCGCUUUGAAACCGAUCUGGAUGUAGUCUUUGACAAACACAUGAUUUUUCUCAUUUUUUUGCUCAAAAACUUAGUUUCUUUUAUUAGACUUCCACACAUUCAAGUGUUGAUAAAAAAGGAGUCCAUAGAACAAAAAUGUUUUUUUGUUUAAAAGCUCGUGCU